AUGGAUGUGGACGAGCAGGACAUGGAUAAUGGCGAGGACGUAGUCGAGACGACAAUCCUACUUGUUGCGGAGAGCGACCUUGAUAAUGCCCAAGGGAGUUUCUCGCAAACAUAUUCGGUGCAUAUAUACAGCCUUUCACCCUCGCCUGUCCGAGAAGCAAACCUAAUUUGUGCGCCAACACCUAAUCUCCGUCAAGUAGAGCUCAAGGAAGGGCCGGGCUUUGCAUCGCGGGUUGGUAGAAUCACCGGCGAACAUGUUGAGGUAAAAGCCAAGCCACCCAAAGGAAAGGCUGGCCUUGCCGUUGCUGCAUCCUCCUCGGAAACCAAGAUGGCUAGUAACAUCAAGGCCGUAACCUCGGCCCAGGAUCCCAAGGUAGACAAGAAGGAAGAGACCAAACCGCCCCCAAAACGAGAAUCUGAAGAUAUCCAAAGGAAGCCGCAGGCGUCUGGUAAACUGAAUUGGAGUAAAGCGCUCCCAAAGGCGAUGAAGAACGAUGAUCAUGUGGCGCCUGACACGAAGAUGAAAGGCCAGGAAUCUCAUCCUAUCAAGGACAAAGAGAAGCUACCUACCAAGAGAGAGAAAGUCGAGCUCAAGCGAGGAAUCAAACGAAAGUCUCCCGCGCGAUUGUUAGAUUCAGAUGACGAAAAAUCAAGCACUUCGUCUGUCAAGUUGCCAAAGCCAGCACCCACUAACGAGGCUCCAAAAGCCCCGAUUGGUGCCCGAGUCAAAAAGCGCGUCGUCGUUUCCGACGACGAAGAGGAAGCUGUAGAAGAUCCAAAACCGUCUCGCAGCAAGGCGGCUGGAAAAGCCAAGGCACUGAGUUUUGAUUCAGACACGGACGAGGCUUUGAGGGCCAUGAUGGAUGUAGACGAUGACCAGGUCAUUAAAGCGUCCAGGCCAAGUAUCUCAUCGCAUGAUGCAGCGCACGAUGACGACGUAGAGAUGCACUCAGAACAGCAAGAGGAUCCUGAGCCGGCGCCGAAGCCAAAGCCUAGGAAGAAGAAAGAGAAGAAGGUUGUGCCAGUCGGGAGGAACGGGUUCAAAAAGAGACGCGUUGUCAAAAGUCGACAAACAUUCGAUGAGAAGGGUUACAUGGUCACUGAAGACUAUUCAUCGUAUGAAUCUAUUGAUGAUGAAGAACAGGAGCCUGAAGCACCCCCAAAAGCCAAAGGCAACCGAAAGCCACCUGGAAUCAAGCUCACUGACGGUGUCCCUUCGCCUAAUAUGGCAUCGACGAAAGGUCAGACAAAAGACUCGCGUGUAUCAGAUGGAUCGCAUCUCAACGUGAAAGCUGGGGCCUCCAGAGUGGGAAAGCAGCCGAGCCUGAUGAAUUUCUUCGGUAAGAAGUAA